AUGGCGUCAAUCGACGACAUCGAAGACAUUGGAAGGGAUCAGACGACGGCUUUUCGGCCCAACAGAUCACAAGUGGUCGCGAGAGUCAGGAAGAAGUCAUUCAAUUGGAGACAAAGCGAAGACAGUAUUAGUACAGCCGACGAAGACUUGGAUGCCUUACGAGUGGAUAGUUUUCUGCCCAAUAAGUUCCGCAUUCACGUGAAGACGUGGGGAUGCGCUCACAACACGUCCGACGAGGAAUAUAUGGCCGGACUUUUGGCCGAUUAUGGCUUCCGAUUGGUGUCUGCGGCCAAAGACGCCCACCUCUUGCUAUUGAAUUCAUGUACGGUUAAGAAUCCAAGCGAAGACCACUUCCGCAACGAAGUGCUUAAAGGCCUGAACGCCGGACAACAAGUUGUGGUCUCCGGAUGUGUCCCGCAGUCGGCGCCGAAACUGGAUUACAUCAGUCGACUGAGUAUUAUUGGUGUUCAACAGAUCGACCGCUGCGUUGAAGUGAUUGAAGAGACUCUUAAGGGAAAUGUGGUCCGACUUCUUGGGCCCAAAAAGGAUGGCAAACGAAAGACCGGCGGUUCGUCUCUUGAUAUGCCGAAAGUGAGACGAAAUCCAUUGAUCGAAAUCAUUGCCAUAAAUACGGGAUGUCUUAAUGAAUGCACUUAUUGUAAGACACGUCACGCCAGAGGAGUGUUAGGCAGCUAUACAGUCGACGAUAUCGUCCAAAGGGCCCAAAAGUCAUUCAAAGAGGGCGUCAAAGAGAUUUGGCUGACGAGCGAAGACACGGGCGCCUAUGGCCGAGACAUUGGCACUAAUUUGCCGCAACUCUUAUACGCUUUAAUAGCCGUUAUUCCCGAUGAUUGCAGACUUAGAUUAGGAAUGACAAAUCCUCCCUAUAUUUUGGAGCACUUGGAGGCGAUGGCAGAUAUUUUAUUGAACCCUAAAAUCUAUUCGUUUCUUCACAUUCCCGUCCAAUCGGGAAGUGAUUGUGUUUUGGCGGACAUGAAGAGAGAAUAUUGUAUCGAAGAUUUUGAACAAAUUGUCGAUUUUCUUAAAUCAAAAGUUAAAGGCAUUACAAUAGCGACUGAUAUUAUCUGCGGUUUCCCUACAGAAACCGAAGCAGACUUUGAGGAAACGAUGAAAUUAGUGAAAAAGUAUAAAUUUCCGUCACUUUUCAUAAACCAAUUCUAUCCGAGACCGGGAACACCGGCCGCCAAAAUGAAACGUCUGCCCAAUGCUGAGGUCAAACAGCGAACGAAAUCAUUGAGCGAUUUAUUCGCUUCUUAUAAACCCUAUGAGAACCGAAUCGGAACCGAAGAGCGAGUGUUGGUAACCGAAGAGUCACACGAUAAGCGCCAUUAUGUCGGACACAACCAAUUCUAUGAACAAAUAUUAGUCGCCAAAGACGAGCGCUUUUUGGGACAAAUGAUUGACGUCGUGAUCACGAGUACAGGAAAGCAUUUCAUUAUGGGUUCACCCAUUCAUGGAAAGUCAUUAUUUCUUAAGACAAUCUGUUCUUCUUUGAAGUCAAACCGUUUCUCAAUCAAACUGUUGACUCAAUUUUCGAUUUAA